ACGGGCCCAACUUGAAACUCCGACUUGUGAAACACCUUUUCUUUGAACAUUCGAUUUGCACCCUUUCCCGCCUCUUUGCUGUUGCACAAGGCCUCCUUUCGACGCUCUAAUUACAACUUGCGCGAUCGCAGUCGACGAAUUUCCUAUUCCCAACAUUUUGAGGAUCUAGACGAGGAACAAACCUAAACACCAACUUCAACUCUCGCCCAACAUGAAGCUUCACUACAUCGGCAUCAUCCGCAACGACUCCCAGCCCGCUCACGAGAUCGUCGCAGAGAAGGAGCUGAGCGCCUACUCCCGCUUCACACGCAGCAACUAUGGCGAGUUCAUGACCCUUUUCGCGAAGACCGUCGCCGAGCGCACUCGACCAGCCCAGCGACAAGACGUUGAAGAGCAAGACUACACCUUCCACGCCUACGGCCGCACCGAGGGCAUCUGCGGCAUCAUCAUCUCCGACCACCAAUACCCCGCCCUGGUCGCCCACCAGCUCCUCAGCAAGGUCGUCGACGAGUUCCUCUCCAAGCACCCGCGCUCCUCAUGGGCCAAUGGCGACGUCACCCUGCCCUUCCCCGAACUGACGGACUACCUCGCCAAGUACCAGGACCCCCAGCAGGCCGACAGCAUCAUGAAGAUCCAGAAGGAGCUGGACGAGACCAAGAUUGUGCUGCACAAGACUAUCGAGAGCGUGCUGCAGCGAGGAGAGAAGAUUGAUGAUUUGGUGGCGAAGAGCGAUGGUCUGAGCGCUCAGAGCAAAAUGUUCUACCAGCAAGCAAAGAAGCAAAACUCUUGCUGCGUGUUGAUGUAAUUAGGGGGGCGUUUCAUUUGGCGUUGCAAUGCGGUCCUAAUUUUCAGCAACAAACGGGCUGUCUGUUUUCAAAGAUUGGUUAUUAUGAAAGACACACACUCACACAACAUAUAUACUAAUACGUAACUCAUGGGGGAAGAUGAUCGAUCGAAAUUCACCCAUGAAUUUAUUAUACACAUAUUCUCUCUCACAAGA